AGGAGAGGAGCAUGCAGGACGCAGACGCCCCGUGGGGAAUCCCGCAGUGGGAUUUCAGUGUAUUGGCCCAAACUUAAAAAGCUUGGCCCCUAUCCUUGAACCCCUCCGUAUACUCAAAUACUAGAUAUUAAUUAUGUACCUUCCGUCCAUUCUCGCGCUUUCCACCCUCGUGCUCGCCCAAGCCGUUUUGGGCGCACCGACCCUUGAGAUUAGACAAGCUAGUCCAAACUACUAUUACAAGGGCUCCGCAUUCACUGGCCAGACUGUUAGCGGUCGGGCUACUUACUAUGGUCAAACUAAUGAUCCUAGUGAUAUCUCGCCACAAAAGAGUACCGGGUCAUGUUUAUAUACGCCCGGCUCUGUCACAAAGUGGUUUGCUGCGUUGAACUCUCAACAAUACUCGAACGGCCUCUACUGUGGCAUGUGCGUUCAAGUGACAUGCACCGACCAAUCCAAGUGCGCUGGCGGGAAGCCGAUCGUUGUCCAAGUGGUUGACCUGUGCCCCUCCUGCGGGUUUGGAGGUCUAGAUCUGUCCUUUGGCGCCAUGUCAGUCUUAAUGAACGGUGAUGCCAAUGCGGAACUUUACGGGACGACUAGCAUGCAAUGGCGUCAAGUCGACUGUAGCCUCCUUGGAACAAGCGGUAGUGGAUCUACUCCCCCUCCCACAUCUACGUCGGUGAAACCGACCAGUACCAUCAAACCAUCUUCAACCUCGAAACCGUCCUCAACGGUUAAGCCAACUACAAGCCCCAAGGUCACUACAACUAUCAAGGCUACCACAACCGCCAAACCCACUCCAUCCUCCGGGUUCACCGGAUGCCAGAAAUACACUGUAAAAUCCGGUGAUUCGUGUUGGUCCAUUGGACAGAAAUUCGGAGUAAGCGUAGCGCAACUCGACCAAUGGAAUAACAACAAGUGCUCGAGUGGAUAUAUUUACCCUCACGAGGUCUUGUGCGUUUCAAAGGCGUAGGGGAGAUGAUGUUUAUGACGCUGGCCGUUCCAGCAGUGAUUUUUUAGAUACUGGUUAUAUUUGUAGUGGGAUAUUAACGCAGUGGUGCGAUGGAGCUACUACCCAUUCUUAUGCUUAGACUAUAUUGUUGUUUUGUUUUGUUUUUGUGAUUAAACAAAGUAAUAUUGUACUUUACAAACGUGCAGAG